AUGGAAGCUGAGACUAGUUCUAGCAGCAGCAAGAACAGAGUAAGAAACAAUGACUACGGCUUCAUGGAUACGAUUCUUUCGUGGUCCAUUGAAGAUAUUCUCAAUGAAGAACUCUACAAAACUCAGGUCGAGAGGAUUGAGCUGUCGUUUAAGUCGGUAAAUAAUUACAUUGGAUCUUUCGUAUAUCCGUUAUUGGAAGAAACUCGAGCGCAGCUAUGCUCGAGUAUGGAGGUUUUGCAGAACGCUCCAUUCGCAAAAGUGAACAGCAUUGACAAUGAUAAGAAAUUUGGAAGGAAAUUCUACAAUUUGAACAUUGGGGAAUGGAAAAACAGAUUCACUCUUCGUACUAACGAGCCGUACAGAAUGCUGCCGGGAGAUGUUCUAAUUUUGACAGAUUAUAAACCGGAAACCGUCAAUGGUUUGCAGAGGUUCGCAAGGAUGUGGACUUUUGUUUCAGUAGUCAAAACAAGUGAAGAUGAAGAUUUAAAUCUUAAGGUUAAGGUGAAGGCAUCAAGUGAUAUUGAUCCCAAUGAAUUCAAGUAUAAUAAGUCUCUUUUUCUUGUCUUCUUGACAAAUAUAAGCUCGAAUAGAAGAAUUUGGAAUGCACUUCACAUGGAUGGGAAUUUGAAUUUAGUGAAGCAAGUUUUAACAACAAGCGAAACGGCGGUGAGAAAUAAAGCUCUAUGCUGCUCUGUGAGUGAAAUGUUAAGGGAUGACAGUUCUUUAGAAAGGUUAUUAUCGAAUCUGAAUGAUUACCAAAAGAAAGCGAUUCAUACAUGUCUUUCGGGAAUUCGGUGCAGCUGUACUAAUAACAACUCAAAGAUCAAGCUGAUAUGGGGUCCCCCGGGGACGGGGAAGACUAAAACUUUGGCCACACUCCUCUUUGCUCUGAUGAAAAUGGAAUACAGAGUCCUUGUAUGUGCACCUACCAAUGUUGCCAUAAAAGAAAUCGCUUCACGCGUUGUGAGUAUUGUGAAGGAUUCGGAAUCUCGUGAAACGUUCUGUUCUUUAGGGAGCUUUCUCUUGUUUGGGAAUAAUGAGAGGCUCAAAGUUGAUGGGGAAUUGGUUGAGGAAAUAUAUUUGGAUUAUCGUGUGCAGGAGCUCACAGAAUGCUUUGGAUCUUAUAAAGGUCUGAGUUCCUGCUUACGAGAAAUGUUUUAUUUUCUUGAUGGUUACGAAUUGAAAAGGAAUGAUACUGGAAAGUUUAGAGAAGAGUUUCUGUCCACAGCAUUGCGGCUGAGGCGCUGCAUUUCUAUCUUAUUUACACACGUAAACAUGGACAUUGUGUAUGAAAAAAUCUAUCAAAACUUGGUCUUGUUGAAGAAGGCACUUGAUUCCUUUGAAGAUUUGCUGUUUCGAAAUGGCGAAUACCAAUCAUUGUGCAAAGAGAGAAAUGAAUGCCUAGAGGCUUUAAAAGCCGCGAGAGAUUCACUUGUCAGAUUUCCGUUUACAAAAUCUUUUGAAGCUAAGGCGAUCCGGGAGUCAUGUUUGCAAAAUGCAUCAUUAUUAUUUUGCACUGUUUCUGGCUCCUACAAUCUACAUUCUGUUGCGAUGAAGCCACUCGACAUUUUGGUAAUAGAUGAAGCGGCACAGUUAAAAGAAUGCGAAUCGCUCAUAGCCAUGAAAAUUGAAGGAAUAAGACAUGCUAUCCUUCUUGGUGAUGAAUGUCAACUACCUUCGAUGGUAGAAAGUAGUGUCUCAAGUGAAGUUGGUUUUGGACGAAGCUUAUUUGAGAGACUUAGCAUAUCUCGUCAUCCUAAACAGCUUCUCAGAAUGCAGCACAGGAUGCACCCAGAAAUUAGUUCAUUUCCGAAUUCAUAUUUCUAUUCUAACGAAAUUCUUGACGCUCCAAAUGUCCAAAGAAUUGAAUACAACAAGAAAUAUCUCCCUGGGAAAAUCUUUGGUCCCUAUUCUUUUAUAAAUGUGGCUGGGGGAAGAGAAGAGUAUGUUGCGGCUGGUCGGAGCCGAAAAAAUGUUGCCGAGGUUGCUAUUGUAACGACAAUAGUGAAGAAUCUGCAUAAAUGUUAAUUAUAUCAAUUGUAUAUUUUUGUAAAAAAAAAAAAAAAAUACAAGUUUCCUGUUUCUCCUUAUGUAGCUCAAGUCGCAGCGAUCCAGGAAAAAAUUGGAAAAAUCUAUGACAGCGAUGUUGAGUUUACUGUGAAUGUUAAAUCAAUUGAUGGAUUUCAGGGUGGCGAACAGGAUGUGAUUAUUCUGUCCACUGUUAGAACAAAUAACAGGACGUCUCUCGAUUUUGUUUCGUCUCGGCAGAGGACAAAUGUUGCUCUCACAAGGGCGAGGCAUUGUUUAUGGAUUUUGGGGAACGAGAGGGCCUUGUCACACAAUAAAAAUGUGUGGAAGGAUAUUAUCUCUGAUGUAAAGAAGCGUAACUGUUUCUUCAAUGCUGAAGAGGAUGAAGAAUUCUCUAAAGCCAUUUUGGAUGCAAGAAAAGAUAUGGAUCAAUUUGAUGAUUUGCUUAUGACAAAUAGCAUCUUAUUCAGAAAUUCAAGAUGGAAGGUUAACUUCAGUGACAAGUUUCUCAGAUCGUUUAAGAGGCUGCCGUCAGAGCACUCUAAGAAGUUAGUUAUCAACCUUCUUGAGAGGCUUUCUAAUGGAUUGAGGCCGAACAAGACUCGAGUUCAACUAUUGAACAAUGAUUCAUAUGAGAUUCUGAAAAGUUUCAAAAUUGAAAGCAGAUAUCUGAUCUUCUCAAUCGAAAUAGUCAAGUAUUCGAGUUAUAUGCAGGUUUUGAAGAUAUGGGACAUAUUGCCUCCCAACGAUCUUCAUAAAUUGGCAAAGCGACUUCGAAAUGUAUUUGCAACAUACACUGAUGAUUAUAUCAGUCGGUGCAAAGAGAAAGGUUUUUACAGGCACACUGAGAUUCCUCUAACCUGGCCGCUUUCAACGAACAUUCAAAAAUUAAAGAAUGCCGAUAACAAUAAAGGAAACGAAGGAGAGAAAUUAGUAUCUGUAUGUGAAGAUAGAAAUGAAGCUGAAAUGUCAAAGUAUAAGGAGUGGCUUCUGUUAAUGAAAUACUGUUCCAACAGUGACCAUGAAGCCAUAGAUUUGGAUCUUCUUCCAAUUUCAUUAACAGAAGAACAGCGCAGAGUGAUCUUCUAUCCCCGGAGUACAUUUCUACUUGGACGUUUCGGAACGGGGAAAACAACUGUGUUAACAACUAAGAUGAUUCGGAAUCAAAAACUGCACCAUUCGGUAGUUGAACUUGUAUAUGAAAGAAGCGCGAGUGCACUUGAGAAUUGCGACAAGUCUCAAGAGAUUUGUGCUGAGACAGAGAGGCCAGUUUUGAGGCAGUUAUUUGUGACACUAAGUCCUGAACUAUGUCAGGAGGUGAAAUGCCAUGUCUCUCGGUUUGAAAGGUUGCUUUUUGAAGAGGGAACAUCAGAAGCAAGUAGUUCGUCGGUAAAAGAUAUUCAUUUGCCAGAUUCAUUCCUGAAUGUUCAAUUUAGUUCAUAUCCACUAGUGGUUACAUUUCGCAAAUUCUUGAUGAUGAUGGAUCUGAGUUUGGGUAGAUCUUAUGUAGAGAGGUUCAAGAUCGCUAAGAAUUCUUCUCUUGUCCAAGGUUUAUUUCCAUGGGAGGCUUUCUUAGCAACCAAGGAAGUGACUUACGAAAAGUUUGAUUCCUCCUAUUGGCCGCACUUCAAUGCACAAAAGAUCAAGAACCUUGGUUCUUAUCAAGUGUUCACUGAAAUAAUGACGCAUAUCAAAGGCGGUAUUGAAGCCACAAACACGGGUAAGAUGAGCCGUAAGGACUAUCUCACUCUUUCUGAAAGCAGAAGAUCAAGUUUGAGCGUGCCGAAAAGGGACUUGAUCUAUGAUAUCUUCGAAAACUAUGAGAACAUGAAGAUGAACAAGGGAGAGUUUGAUAUGGCUGAUUUUGUAAGCGACCUACAUAGAAGGUUAAGAUCUUCAAGAUACCAAGGUGAUCUAAUGCACUUUGUAUAUAUUGAUGAGGUGCAGGAUCUUACCAUGUCUCAGAUUGCUUUGUUCAAGCAUAUCUGCCCGAAUGUAGAGGAAGGAUUCAUUUUCUGUGGGGAUACAGCUCAGACAAUCGGACGAGGGAUCGAUUUCAGGUUCCAGGAUGUAAGGGCCCUCUUUUACAACAAGUUUAUGCUUGAAUCAAAUAAAGAGAAGGGUCAUAUUUCAGAUAUGUUCAUGUUAAGUGAGAACUUUCGCAGUAAAGCCGAGGUUCUUAAGUUGGCACAAAGUAUCGUUGAACUUCUCUUCCAUUUCUUCCCCUAUUCGGUGGACAUUUUGAAGGUGGAGACCAGUUUGAUAACUGGGGAAGCCCCCUAUAUACUUUUAGGAAAUUGUAUUGAAACAGUUUUUGGUGAAAAUGGAUAUAAGAAUGUUGAGUUUGGAGCGAAUCAAGCCAUCGUGGUGCGCGAUAAUGAAACUCGAGAGGAAAUCUUACCUCUUGUGGGGAAAAAAGCUCUUGUUUUAACAAUUUUGGAGUGCAAAGGGCUUGAAUUCGAGGAUGUAUUACUAUACAACUUUUUAUCAACUUCACCCUUGAAGAGGCAAUGGGGUGUCAUAUACCAAUUCAUGAAGGAAAAGCAUGUAUUUUGUGCAAGUUUUGAUGAAACCAAGCACAGUGUUUUGUGCUCUGAACUUAAGCAGUUAUAUGUUGCUGUAACGAGGAGUAAGAAUAGAUUGUGGAUAUGUGAAGAUAAAGAAGAAUUUUCAAGACCGAUGAUUGAUUACUGGAAAAAGAAAAGUCUUGUCCAAUUCAUGAACCAACCUAAUGAGGCUUAUUACUCAAAUGGAGCGUGGAAUUAAGGUAUAUUUUUUGGAGGCAAUGAAGCAUUACUCAACUAAUUCACACGAAUGGAUGGAGCGUGGAAUGAAGCUAUAUAAUCAAAAUAAUUAUAGCAUGGCUACCAUGUGUUUUGAAAGAGCCGGGGACGAUUAUUGGUUGAAAAAGUG